GUUUUUCCAUAGUUACCACUCAAGAUUUGCACUGAGAUGUGCUUAGUUUAAUGCAGUUCUUAGUCUGUUAGCUGAUUGGAGGAUAUCGGGCAGAUGUUGGAUUUACCUCUGGAGAAUUUAUGAGCAUUACAAUGGAGUUUUAGGAACACACAGUUCUCCACCUUCAGUCAUGGUUCUGCAAAGACACUCAGUGACAAACAGACUGAAGAAAUGGAAUGGCUGAUGGCAAAGGAAAUAAAGAAUGGGACUUUGGUCCUGGAGUUUAUCUUUGAUCGAUUCCCUGUGGCCGAGCACCUGAGGAUCCUCUUCUUCCUACUGCACUUGCUGGCCUACUUGGCCUCCCUCAUGGGCAACAUGCUCAUAAUUACCAUCACCUGUGUGGACCACCGACUGCAGACGCCCAUGUACUUCUUUCUCAGCACCUUCUCCUUUGUGGAGUGUUGUUUUAUAACUACUGUUAUCCCCCAGCUCCUCACCAUCAUUCUGUCAGGGAGGCAAAAGAUUCCCUUUAUGGCCUGCAUCUCACAGGCCUUCGUCUAUCUUGUCGUGGGGGCAACUCUUUUUUUCCUUAUGGCUGUGUUAUCCCUGGACCGCUAUCUGGCCAUCUGCAAACCUCUACAUUAUCCAACCAUCAUGAGCCCAAGGAUGUGCUUCCUUCUCGUUACUGUCUCUUUAUUUUUGGGCUUCCUCUUCAUGGCCAGUCCAGUUGUGAUGCUUUCCCAGUCAUUUUACUGUGGUCCAAACAUUAUUCCUCACUUUUUCUGUGAUUUUGGACCACUGGCAAAUCUCUCCUGUUCAGAAACCAGGUCUAUUGAGAUGCUGUUUUUUACCCUUGCUAUAAUUGUGCUUUUUGCUUCCCUUCUGAUCGCCAUCUUUGCAUACAGCAAUAUAGUAGUCACCAUAGUGAGACUCCCUUCAGCCAGGGAGCGACAGAGAGCUUUUUCCACCUGCUCCUCUCAUCUCAUUGUCCUCUCUCUAAUGUAUGGCAGCUGUGCAUUUAUAUACCUGAAGCCAAAGCAGAGAAGCAGAGUGGACACCAACAGAGAGGCUGCUCUUGUGAACACAGUAGUGACACCCCUUCUGAACCCUGUCAUCUACACCCUGCAUAACAAGCAGGUCCACCAGGCUCUCAGUGAUGCUCUGUCCAGGGUUCAAUUGCACAGAUAUCAGAGGAGCAACGCACCUUCCCUUUGACUUAGUCCAAUACCAUAUUUGUUUAAAUGCUCUAUAUUAAUCAUCAGGUACGUUACCAUCAAAUUCUGCUUGUUUAUUAUUACAACAAUGGCUGAUGUGUCCAGUAAUUUCCUCUGAAGGCAUUAGUAAUCUUAUGAUGAAAAAUCUUUUUAUAUCUGCUUUGGUGGCAAUUAAGACCAAAACCUCCUAUAUAUUACAUACAUUGUUACUAUUUAAACAAAGUGCCUCAAGUUAUCCAUGCAUUGGUGUGAUGUGUGUUUUGGUCUGAUUUCAUGUAUCCUGUGUAAGUGAUGGGGGAAAAAAGAGAGACUUGAG